CUUAUCCUUUGUAAACCAGCUCUCCUGAAGGAUUCUUGCACUGAGGCUUAUAAUAAUGAAUAAAGGAAUGUAACUGAGGAUAUCCAAACUGGGGAGAGUGAAGCUGUCCUGUGCUGCUUGUGUCCUCCUUCUAGUAGUUGUUCACUAGAUGUGGAGUUUAUGGAAAGCAUGCUGUUCUGGGAGGAUACGAUGAACUAAUCUCACUUGAAGCCUGCUGGCAUUGCUCUCAUCUGACGGAACAUCUGUGGAGACUACAGUUCCCCAGAGUGGAGUGUGAAAGCCGUACUUCGCUGAAAGAGGACGAAGACUAGAAAAAAAAAAGAUGUCAGCUCAAAACUUGUUGAACAGCGUCUUCUCAUGCUCAACUCCGACAGCAAAAACCUUCUCGAAAAACCGACUACGCCAGACCCGCAGCUUGGAUCCUGCCAUUAUUCGCAAUUAUAGCAACGAAGGGGAUGAACGAGCACCUGCACUGCAUGAAGAAUCUAGUAAUGGGGCACCAUUGCAUGCACGCAAAUGGAGAGAUGCAGAAGGUUACCCUAUGUCAGGAAGCAUGACUAUAACUUCAUCUGAUUACCUGGCUGCUUCUAGGUCUAUGCGACUCAAGCAGAAAACGUUGCCACAUGGUUCAUUUUCCACCCCAACAACUCCACUGGAAAAAUCACCCUCUACCAGUUUUCACUUUGACUAUGAUAUUAAAGGAAUCAAGAGGAACACUGCCUGGGAUCUGCCCUUCCUGGCUCGUAGCCCUCUGGUUCUCACCCCUAGUGGCAGUACCAACAGCAUCUUUUCCCCUAGAAAGUGGCUGCAGCAGAAAAAAGUGCAGAGCCAGAUAAGUCACUCGUACAUUGUCUGGAAAUCUGAGGGUGAUUUUACAUGGAACAGUAUGUCUGGCCGAACUGUCCGUCUGAAAUCGGUUCCCAUACAAAGUCUCUCUGAACUGGAGCGCGCACGGCUACAGGAAGUUGCAUUUUAUCGUCUGCAGCAAGAUUUUGACUUAAGUUGUCAGAUUACUAUUCCCAAAGAUGGACAAAAGAGAAAAAAAUCUUUAAGAAAGAAACUGGAUUCAUUGGGGAAAGAGAAAAACAAAGAUAAAGAAUUCUUACCACAGGCAUUUGGAAUGUCAUUAUCACAAGUUAUCGCCAACGACAGGGCUCAAAAGCUAAAGCAAGAUUCUCAUAAAGAUGAGCAGAAAGAGGUCUCUGACUUUGUUACGUCCAUCCUGCCAUUUGGAUCUAGAAGACAGAAUAAAGAGCUCUCCAGUAGUAAUUCAUCUCUUAGCUCCACUUCAGAAACGCCAAAUGAAUCCACAUCUCCAAAUACACCAGAGGCAGCACCCCGGGCACGCAGGAGGGGGGCAAUGUCUGUGGACUCUAUUACAGAUCUUGAUGACAAUCAGUCUCGACUCCUAGAGGCACUACAGCUGUCUUUGCCAGCCGAAGCUCAAAGUAAGAAAGAAAAGCAAAGGGAUAAAAAGCUCAGUCUGAACCCUAUCUACAGACAAGUUCCCAGGCUCGUGGACAGCUGCUGUCUGCAUUUAGAAAAGAAUGGUCUACAGACAGUGGGGAUUUUUAGAGUCGGAAGUUCCAAAAAGCGAGUACGGCAGCUACGUGAAGAGUUUGACCGUGGUGUUGAUGUUGUUCUAGAAGAGGAGCACAGUGUCCAUGAUGUUGCUGCCUUGUUAAAAGAAUUUCUCAGAGACAUGCCCGAUCCCUUGCUGACCAGAGAACUUUAUACACCUUUCAUACAUACAAUAAUGUUGGAUCUUGAAGAUCAGCUGGGAGCUUUGCAGCUUCUCAUUUACCUCCUACCUCCUUGCAACUGUGAUACUCUACAUAGACUGUUACAUUUCCUGUCCACUGUAGCUGGCCACGCCGAAGACGCAACUGAUAAAGAAGGACAAGAGAUUACUGGGAACAAAAUGACAUCAUUAAACCUGGCAACAAUAUUUGGGCCUAAUUUGUUGCACAAGCAGAAGUCGUCUGACAAAGAGUUUACAGUUCAAAGUACUGCCAGGGCGGAGGAGAGUACGACUAUUAUCUCUGUGGUACAGAAGAUGAUUGAAAAUUAUGAAAAUCUCUUUAUGGUGCCUCCUGAUUUACAGAAUGAAGUUCUCCUUAGCCUUUUAGAGACCGAUCCUGAUGUUGUGGACUAUCUACUCAGAAGAAAAGCUUCUCAAUCAUCGAGUCCUGAACUGUUGAGAUCUGAAGGUUCUUUUUCCCUUGAAGGAAGACACUCAUCUACAGAUUCUAAUAAAGCAUCCAGUGGUGAUGUGUCUCCAUAUGAUAAUAACUCCCCAAUACUGUCUGACCGAUCCGCAACUGCGAGGCAAGAAAAUAGCUCUGAGAAGAUCCUGAAGGCUGCUGAUCACCAUACAUUAGUUAGUCAAUUACUCGCCAAGACAAAGGAAAAUGCCUCAGCACCAUGGUGUUCAAAAGAUACGGUUCCACAGGACAACUUAGACAUAUGGGGAGCAUGGCACUCGACACUAAAAUCAGCAUCGAAAGAUCGAGGAAUGACAGGUUCGUAUGGAAAUAUCCAUGAGAGUAUUUCCUUACACCAAGGGCAGUAUUCCCUUUCCCAAAGUAAUCUGACACAGAACUGGGCUUCAUGUAAAACCUCAACCGUGGAAAUAGACAAUGGUAAGCCAAAUAUACGAAGGACACACACCACGACUGCCCUUCAGGACUGCAAGCCGCACAAUGCAGUAACACGUGUUAGCAGCACGCCACAAAUAGAGGCUGCUAGAAGGAGCCUUGAGCAGAAGUCAAGAUGUGACCAGUACUUGGUGUCAAGCAGUACAGAACGUGCCACAGAGGACAAUGCACAGAUAACUUGCACUCAAAACAGGCCACCACCGUUAAAUUUACGCCAUUCCGAUAUCAACAGAAAUGAAGCAAGGCUCCCCCCACCUUAUCCUGGCUCCUUAAAGCAAGGCGCGUCACAGCCGCAUCGAUCACCAGUGUUUUCAGCUGAACAGUCCCUAUGGAGACUACCAAGGCCUGAGACCGUUGUAGGGACGUCAACAGGAAGGACUCAACCCCCUGAGCAAUCUGUGCAAAUUAGACAGACUUCAUUGAAAAGUCCAGCCAACAACCAAAACAGUAAAAACAUAUCUGAUCCAGACUGGCAAGAGUGGCAAAGAGAAAGAUGGCAGAUAUGGGAGCUUCUGUCUGCUGACAACCCAGAUACACUUCCUGAAACCUUGGUAUGAUGGUUCUGACAUAACAAGGACACCAAUGGAGAUAUUGUGGACUAGAGCGAAGAAUGAAAUUGUCUAAAGUGAUCUCUUUAUUUUUUUACACGUAAAUUUUGAUUUAAAAAAUUGUGACUGUGCUUCAUAUGUUAUCACUGCCAACAACCCAUUUGUUACGUUCCUUAUCCAGGUACUAGCAAGUAAUAUUGCCGUACUUGGACCUCUGGUGACUGACUUUAAAGAAAUACUACAAUUAAUGGCCAAAUAGCUUUAUGGUAUUUAUACAUUCCCUGAAAAUGCAUAUUUUGUAAUGGGCUGUAACUUGUAGGCACAUAUAGAAAAAGAAAUCAACAAAAUAGCUUUUUUUAAAAAUAAUUGUCACUGCACUUGUUUUGCCAUGUUGCUCUUUUUUUUUUAUAUCAGAUAUGCACAAGCUGGUUUAUGUGCUUUGAAACAAAUAGAACUGUUCCUUUAAGCCGUGCUUUGAAAGCUAGCUAAGAGGGAAGCCAUAUUGUGGGGCACUGUCAUAACCGAAACUGUCCAUGCGCCGCUCAUAUAUGUU